AUGGAUGACCCAGAAUUAGAAAAGAUUAGACAACAACGGCUUGCUCAACUACAAUCUCAACAUGGGGGUACCGGUGAUCCUAGUCAUGCUAAACAACAGGAAGAGAGAAUGCAAGCAAUGGAAGAAGCUAAACACUCAAUUUUGGCACAAGUACUCAGUCAAGACGCUAGAGCUAGAUUGAACACAAUCAAACUUAGUCGACCUGAAAAAGGCGCCAUGGUUGAAAACAUGAUCUGUAGAAUGGCCCAGACGGGUCAGGUUCGUAAUAAGAUAACAGAACCCGAACUGAUUCAACUUUUGGAAUCCCUCAAUCAACAGUUGCCUAAAUCAACCAGCACUGUGAAGUUUGACAGAAGGAGGGCAGCACUCGACUCAGAUGAUGAAGAUUUCUAG